UUGAUACAGAACAGAACAAAACAUCAUCAACAAUGAUUGAUUCACUAGGACUUUCAGUUGUUCUUUUAGGACUUUCAGUCAUAACGAGAGGCGAAAAUAUUACGUGCAACACUUCAUGCAAACGUGGUCCCGAUAAUACAACAGAGACGUGUAACACAACUACUGGUGAAUGUUUAUAUGGCUGUACCGUUGGUUUCGCUGGACCAAAUUGCUCAUAUAGAUGCCCAGAUUCAUGUUUACACCCAACAGAUAAUGAAACUGGGCCAUGUGACCAUAUAUCUGGGGAAUGUUUACAUGGCUGUGAAGAAGGCUUUGCAGGACCAAACUGCUCAAUUUUAUGUCCAGAGAAUUGUUUAUCAGAUGGAACAGACACGGAUAUAUGUAAUGAAACUACAGAGCAGUGUUUAUUUGGAUGUAAAGAUGGGUUUUAUGGCUCAAACUGCACAAGAAGGUGUUCUGAUGUAGAUGAAUACUGUGAACAAUGUAGUGAAAGAAAGGGUGAUGUCGGAAUUGAAUGCAAUAGAUGUGUAAGGAACUUCUAUCUGCCAGCGGGGAGAUGUCUAUCAUGUAACUACUGGUGUGCUUUUUCACCUACAAGUGGUGAGCCGCUUUGUAGACAAAAGGAUGGCUAUUGUAAUCAUGGUUGUAAAACAGAACGGUAUGGUAUCACAUGUGGACGUCGCUGCAGUUCUACGUGUAAUGAUGAGUGUCACAGGGAAACUGAAUGGUUACUCCUCAUAGGUUGUAAAGAAGGAAUUUACGGUAACAAUUGUGCAAAUAACUGCAGUUCAACAUGCUUAAAUCAGAAAUGCAAUAGAGUUGAAGGCAGCUGCACAGACGGAUGUAUCUCUGGAUUUGAAGGACAGAAAUGCGAAAGAGGUUGUAAAGAAGGAAGUUACGGUAACAAUUGUGGAAACAACUGUAGUGCAACAUGUUUAAACAAAAAAUGCAAUAGAUUUGAUGGCAGCUGCACUGACGGAUGUAUCACUGGAUUUGAAGGACAGAAUUGCGAAAGAGGCUGUAAAGAAGGAAGUUACGGUAACAAUUGUGAACAUAAUUGCAGUGAGACAUGUUUAAACCAAAAAUGCAAUAGAGAUGAUGGCAGCUGCACUGACGGAUGUAUCGUUGGAUAUGAAGGACAGAAUUGCGAAACAGAAACAAAAACGGUUGACAAAUCCUUACUUGGGCUUGCUAUCAGCGGAUGGACCUUGUGUGUCAUUCUUCUGGCGUUUGUGACAAUAACAACAGUAAGAAGAAGACUGAGAAAGUCUAAAAGGAACAAAACCAAUGCAGAAGAGGAUACACAAGCCCAAAUAAGAAAUCAGCAAGUAUACACAAAUUUACAGCAUGGUCAAGAUGAGGAUGAUGAUAAGGCAAAGUAUGAGGUCCUGAGACUUGGGACAGACAUAAAAACAGAAAGCAGAAAAUAUUACCUGCAACACUUUAUGCGUUCAAGGUCCAUUGAAACAGCGGAGACGUGCAACACAACUACUGGUGCAUGUUUAUAUGGCUGUAACGUUGGGUUCGCUGGACCAAAUUGCACAUAUAAAUGCCCAGAUUCAUGUUUACACCCGACAGAUAAUGAAACUAGGACAUGUGACCAUAUAUCUUGGGAAUGUUUACAAGGCUGCAAAGAAGGGUUUGCAGGACCAAACUGCUCAAUUCUAUGUCCAGAGAAUUGUUUAUCAGAUGAAAGAGGCGUGGAGAUAUGUAAUGAAACUACAGAGCAGUGUUUAUUUGGAUGUAAAAGUGGUUUUUAUGGCUUAAACUGCACAGGAAGAUGUUCUGAUGUAGAUGCAAACUGUGAACAAUGUAGUGCAAGAGAUGGUGAUAUCGUAAUUGAAUGCAACAAAUGUAUCCAGAACUUCUUUCUGUCAGAUGGAAAAUGCCUAUCUUGUAAUUUCUGGUGUGUUUAUAAACAAGGCGAGCCGGUAUGUAGACAAAAUGAUGGUUAUUGUAAUCAUGGUUGUAGACAAGGACGGUAUGGUAUCACUUGUGGACGUCGCUGCAGUAAUACCUGUAAAGAUGAGUGUCACAGGAAAACUGGAAUGUGUUUUGAUUGUAAAUUUCCAAGCUAUUGUGGACCAACUUGUGAAAUACAAUGUCAAGAUGGAUGUUUACUACAACAAUGUAAUCAAUCUUGUCAAUGUGUAAAUGGGUGUACUGCUACCCAUUGGGGAGAAACAUGUUCAUCCGUUUGCAAUUCAAACUGUAUCAAACCAUCUGGUACUUAUGGAAGAGUGUGCAACUCUUUGAAUGGGACUUGUCUUUUAGGAUGUGACGGAGAACGGUUCUGGAAGAGUCAGUGUAGUGAACCAUGUUCAAGUAACUGUGUCAAUGGCACAUGUGAGCAUUACACGGGAAACUGUAAAGAUGGCUGCACGAGUAACAGAGUCUAUGAUGGGCGAUGUGAUACACCUUGUAACAAAAACUGUUAUGUUGGUACUUGCAAAAGAGAAGAUGAAUAUUGUGAUAAAGGUUGUAAAGAAGGAAGUUACGGUAACAAUUGUAAACAUAACUGCAGUGCAACAUGUUUAAACCAAAAAUGUAAGAGAGUUGAUGGCAGCUGCAUAGACGGGUGUAUCUUUGGAUAUGAAGGACAUAAAUGCGAAACAG